CACACAGUCAGCAGGACAAACAAACGCCCCUGACGCUCCUCUCCUACCACACAGUCAGCAGGACAAACAAACGCCCCUGACGUUCCUCUCCUACCACACAGUCAGCAGGACAAACAAACGCCCCUGACGCUCCUCUCCUACCACACAGUCAGCAGGACAAACAAACGCCCCUGAAAAUGCAGUUUGGGUAGGCAGAAAAAAACUCCUGACAUGCGCCUGUGAUUCAGAGAAGUGUCGCCACACCAGGUGGUUAUGGUCUAGCCUCUCGAACGCAAUAGCAACAUCCUAACACCACAUAUCACAGGCAAGCAGUGGUGAGGAAGGAAUCCACUCAUUAUCCAUUAUCCAUCGUUAGCCUCUCUCUUUCUCCCUCCCUCUCUGUUCUUUUCUUUAUCUGUGCAUUCAGCGUAUCCAUUAGAGCGUUAUUUUACACUAUAGAGUUAGAGACGUUUAGAUACGCCAGCUCGGCUGAGCUCCACACUACGGACGGACCACCGAGUGCUUCUCAGGGCAGAUUGCAGCCGCCGAAGACAGCUCCUUCUGUGAUGUAAAUCAACACCUGAAUAAAAGGCUAAUUAAGAUGAGGGGGAAAAAUGAUCGGCCUUCACUGCAACCUCCCCUAGACCGACGCGUCCUUUAUGACUUGAAGCUGUUCGCAAAAAAAAGUCACCCUUCUUAAAAGGAAGUAUAAACUUUUUUCUAUAUUUUUUUUUGCACUCCGCUUUUAUUUCUUUUGGUCAUGUGACAAUGUACUGUAGGUUAAGACAGGCUAAGACUCGAGGCUAUCGGCUGAGACGAUCCAUAUCUUGUGCUGUCGGAAGACAGCUGGAGGGCAUAGUAAGGUUGAUAACCUCCGUGGCUGUCCAUGACAAUGAUGAAGGUGGAGGUUCUGGAUGGCAGGACCAGGCAACAGCUGUGUUUUCUAGAUAAGGUGGAGCCCCACGUUACAAUAGGAGAAAUCAAGAGACUUUUUCACAAGUCAUAUCAACAGUUGUAUCCAGCCAGACAGGACCUCAAACUCGACCCCAAAGGAAAAUCACUUAAGGACGACGAUGUAUUACAAAACUUACCAGUUGGGACCACGGCAACCAUGUAUUUUAGGGACCUGGGUCCACAGAUCGGGUGGACAAUGGUGUUUUUAGCGGAGUACAUUGGCCCCCUGUUUAUUUACCUCCUGUUCUAUUUCCGAGUUCCCUAUAUCUACUCACAGCAGGAUGCCUUCACCUCCAGCUCCAACUCAGUGGUCACACUAGCCUGUGCCUGUCACACCUGCCACUACAUCAAGAGAUUGAUUGAGACUAUCUUUGUGCACCGGUUCUCCCAUGGCACCAUGCCUCUCAGGACUAUAGUCAGGAACUGUGUGUAUUACUGGACCUUCUCGGCAUGGUUGGCCUUCUACAUCAACCAUCCACUGUACACGCCUCCAUCGUAUGGAGACAUGCAGGCGAACUACGCACUGGCUAUAUUUGUGCUCUGUGAGGCUGGUAAUUUCUCCAUUCACGUGGCCCUCAAUAACCUCAAGGCAGAAGGUGGGCCCAAGUGCAGAAUGUUCCCUCGCCCGACGAAGAACCCAUUCACGUGGCUCUUCUUCCUCGUGUCUUGCCCCAAUUACACCUACGAGGUAGGAGCCUGGGCCAGUUUCUCUGUUAUGACCCAGUGUCUUCCAGUGGCCUUGUUCACCUUCUUUGGUUUGAUCCAGAUGACCAUGUGGGCCAAUGGGAAGCAUAAAGCCUACACCAGGGAGUUCAAGGACUACCCACACCUGCGUAUGCCAAUUAUCCCACUCCUCCUCUGACCACACGACAAACAUUCACCAUUCUGACUGAGGAGUAUUAGAGGCGUCAACCUGCCUGAAACGCUGUUGUAGAUCGAUGGGUUACUGUAUUUCUCACAAAGCACGAAGACCCCAUUGGCUGUUCUUCUUCUUCUUCUAGCGUCAUGGCAAUGGUCUGUUAUCUUUUCAACAACUAUCAAGGACAGAAUUCACAGAAAGGAUUGUGUCAUCACUGUUGUGGAUUGUGUAUUGAUUAUGUUUCAUUCAAUGUUUGAGACGCAGCUAUAUUGAUAAGUUAUUUGAUAUAUUUUACCGAUCAGGAUGAUUGACUGUUAAGACGCAGCUAUAUUGAUAAGUUAUUUGAUAUAUUUUACCGAUCAGGAUGAUUGACUGUUAAGACGCAGCUAUAUUGAUAAGAUAUAUGAUAUAUUUUACUGAUCAGGAUGAUUGAUUGACUGUUAAGACGCAGCUAUAUUGAUAAGUUAUUUAUAUGAUAUAUUUUACCGAUCAGGAUGACUGAUUGACUGUUAAGACACAGCUAUAUUGAUAAGAUAUAUGAUAUAUUUUACCGAUCAGGAUGAUUGAUUGACUGUUAAGACGCAGCUAUAUUGAUAAGAUAUAUGAUAUAUUUUACUGAUCAGGAUGAUUGAUUGACUGUUAAGACGCAGCUAUAUUGAUAAGUUAUUUAUAUGAUAUAUUUUACCGAUCAGGAUGACUGAUUGACUGUUAAGACACAGCUAUAUUGAUAAGAUAUAUGAUAUAUUUUACCGAUCAGGAUGAUUGAUUGACUGUUAAGACGCAGCUAUAUUGAUAAGUUAUUUAUAUGAUAUAUUUUACCGAUCAGGAUGAUUGAUUGACUGUUAAGACGCAGCUAUAUUGAUAAGUUAUUUAUAUGAUAUUUUACCGAUCAGGAUGAUUGAUUGUUAAGACGCAGCUACUGAAGGAUCAGAUGCUGUUGGCGUUCUUCGUCUUCAGACGGUGGAAAUAAUCCCAGAUUAUUAAAUUAUGAAUAUACGAUUGGAGUUACAGUAUAUAUAAUCUACCAUGUUAUUUUGUAAUAAGUUAUUGUGCAUUUCCUAGAAGAAAAGAGAGUUUGUAUCUUGUUACGAUAUACCUGUUUAGGAAGUCCUCUUGGAACAACAUUUGUUACGGCUGAAGUGUAUCAGAGCUAUUUUCGGUUUACAGAGUAAGUAGAAAAGGGAAAAUGGAAUUGGUUAACUGAGAGGUGAUCUAGAAGCAUAGAAAUGGAACUUUAGCAGAUGUUCUAAGUUUUACAUUUGUUUAUUUUCCACCUCUACAAUGAAGCCGCAUUCGUUUGAAAGUAGCAAAACGACCUGAUGAUUCUAACGUUGGGAGAAAGUUGAGGCUAAUUUAGUUAUGCAUUACUUAUCUAUCGUUCAAACGAACUACAAUCUGUCAAAUUCUCAGGUGUUACUAGAUGUAAAGGGGUACUGUUGCAUCCUGUACAAAUUAUAGACAAACUCAUUUGUCUACAAACUUGUUUUGUAUACAAAGUGUACAAAUGAAAUAGAUAAUUGUGAUCAUUUAAAAGAGACAAGUCUUUUAUCUAAAAGAAGAGUCGUGCAUCUUUCAAAAAUAAUUAAUCAUUGUUACAGAAAAUAUUUAUUUGAAAUUAUUAUCUCAGCCAAUUCAAUAAUCUCUCAUUUGCAAACAAAACAGUUAUCUGGCAUUUGCAUAAAACUUCUAAAUUGUAUGCACAGAAGAAAGCUUAAUGGUUAAACAGAACAUAUAGGCUUACAAAAUCACAUCAUCAUUUAAAUGGGAAUUCAAUAGCAACAAAUGCUUUUAACAGUCAUUUGGCCAGUGUAUUAGGUACACAACCCCGUUCACACAAAUAUUUUGAUCCUACAGACAAGUGAGACACGUGGCUUGCUAUAUAAAGCAGACAGACAGGCAUCGAAGCAUUCAGUUACUGUUUGAUUGAACGUUAGAGUAGACAAAACGAGUGACCUAAGCGACUUUGAGCGUGGUAUGAUCGUCGGUGCCAGGCUGACCGGUUCCAGGACCUCAGAAACGUCCGGGCUCCUUGGCUUUUGACACACGGCAGUGUUUACGGCAGGAGUACUCAACCCUACGAGAUCCGAAGCCCGCUGGUUUUCUGUUCUACCUGAUACUGAAUUGUCCCAGGUCUAAAUCAGUCCCUGAUUAGAGGAGAACAAUGAAACAAUGCAGUUGAACUGGCUUCCAGGUCCAGAGUUGAGUUUGAGGGGUGUAGAGUUUACCGGAAAUGGUGUGCGACAAACAAAACACAUCCAGUCAGCGUCAGUCCUGUGGGUGAAAACAGCUCGUUGACGAGAGAGGUCGAAGGAGAAGGGCCAGAGUCGUGUAAGCUAACAGGCGGAACACAAACAGACAAAAAACGGCGGAGUACAACAGUGGUGUGCAGAACGGCAUUUCGGAACGUACAACUCGUCAACCCUCGUCACGGGUUCUCCUCCUAUCAGCUAAAAACAAGAAGAACACUUUUGCUCGGGCCUUACAAAGACUAGGGCAAAGCAGUUGGCUAGGUACUGCUCUGUUUCAGUUGUCGUGGGCAGCCUAGCUGUUAGGAGAAGGAGGUACUGCUGUCGUGGGCAGCCUAGCUGUUUGGAAAAGGAGGUACUGCUCUGUUUCAGUUGUCGUGGGCAGCCUAGCUGUUAGGAGAAGGAGGUACUGCUGUCGUGGGCAGCCUAGCUGUUUGGAAAAGGAGGUACUGCUCUGUUUCAAUUGUCGUGGGCAGCCGAGCUGUUAGGAGAAGGAGGUACUGCUCUGUUUCAGCUGUUGUGGGCAGCCUAGCUGUUUGGAGAAGGAGGUACUGCUGUCGUGGGCAGCCUAGCUGUUUGGAGAAGGAGGUACUGCUCUGUUUCAGCUGUCGUGGGCAGCCUAGCUGUUUGGAAAAGCAGGUACGACUCAGUUUCACCAGAGAAUAAACACCUUACGUUCUUCACAGAAUGAAGAGCGAAAAUGUACGCUUGUUAAGCUUUGAAAUGACACUGGAUACACAGCAGACGUGUAAGAAUGUGGGUGACGCUGGAGUCAAUUUGCUAAGGAGACAGAAUACAAUAGUUUCAAUUCCAGCUGUAUUUACUCUGCAUAAUAAUAGCUGCCACUAUCAUGAAAUGAAGUGGGUAUCUGUUAAUAAUGGAAGGAUAAGCAGAUACUCAACCUCAUGCUCUUCACGGUGCAAAUUUCCCCCUUCUGAAUUGGUUAUAGUUUAAUUAUAUUUAAUUGUAUAGUUUAAUUCUAUUUAACUCUAUUUAUUUAAGUCCAUAGAGGUGUUUGUGAAUAAACGUAAAUCAUUAAAGAACAUUAAAAUAUA